ACACUACCUCAAAAACAUGCUGGAAUUGUAGGUUUACGAGGUUCUGUGGGUUACGUGGGGCACACUUCUACGCUGCUUCUCUGCGCUGAUCUCGAUUGAUCGCGUUUAGCACAGCAUUUCUCGUACUUACGUACGCGCUGGAGAUCGCCCUUCUACCAUGGAUGACACCAUCUGACAGUAGAUUGCUGUGAGGACUUAUGUUUAAUGGAUGACGCAGGUACACCUCGGCGUCGGGGAAGCUCCAGAGCUCCAUUGGCUUGGUUCUCGAUGAUGCUCACCUGUAUACACUCCGCGCAUACCGUGUUCGACACAACACAUAGUAGGAAGCACUCAACACUCGUUAUCGCUCAUUAGCCUCUUACAAUAACAGCACAGCAACCACAAUGCAAGACGUCGACUUCCUCAUCCUCGGUGCAGGCUGGACAGCAACCUUCCUCAUCCCGCUCCUCUCACACCACAAAAUCACUUUGGCCGCGACGACACGAGACGGCCGCGACGUCGCCAACCAUGAUACCAUAAAAUGGACCUUCCACCCCGACGAAGAACAGUCCACCUCUGAAAAGUCUCAAUUCUCGUCUCUGCCCACCGCCAAAACAGUCCUCAUAACCUUUCCACUCACCUCCCCCUCCCAAACCCAACUCGUCGUGAACGGCUACACCAAAUCACACAACCUCUCUUCAACACCUCAAAUCAUCCAAUUAGGCAGUACAGGAAUCUGGCAAAUCCCCCAAUCUUCAACCUGGGUCUCCCGUUCAUCUCCCUACGACAAAUCCAACAAACGCGCCACAGCCGAAGACGCCCUCCUCUCCCUCUCCGGCUCAGUCCUCAACCUCGCAGGCCUCCACGGUGGACCCCGCGAUGCCCGAAAUUGGGUCUCCCGCGUCGCGAAAACAAAAGACGAAGUCAAGAAUAAGAAAUCUGUACACUUGAUUCACGGAGUAGAUGUCGCGAGGGCGAUUCUGGCCGUGUCAAAGAAUUGGAAUAAAGCGAGAGGACAGAGAUGGAUGUUGACGGAUGGAGUGGUGUAUGAUUGGUGGGAGUUGUUCGCUGGAUGGGCAGAAGGUGCUGAGCCGGAUGAGGAUGUGAAUAGGACGCCGAGCGAGCAGGCACAAUGGGUGUACGAGUUGAUGUGGGAGGAGGAUGUGAAGGCUUUGCCGAGGAGUAUGGACACACUGGGGAGGUGUUAUGAUUCGAGGGAGUUUUGGCAUACCUUUGGAUUGGCGCCUUUGAAGGCGAGAAUAUGAGAGGCUGUGAUGAUUGAUGAUUUUGAUGAUGGAUAUUGCGAUAUCAAUACAAAAGCUGACGGUAUGCCUCGUUCUUCGAAUCGAGAAUAAGGCUGCUACAGCAACAUCCUUCCAGCAUGCCAGAAACAUCAUCCCUUGAAAUUCGUAUUCAACCUCCAAAACGUAUUCUCCCAUCCAGGCACCCAAACUAGCGACCUAAUGCGAUCAUUCCACGUUCCCGGCGACUUCUCAGUUUCCCCAAUCUGCGUCCCAUUGCCGAUAAGCCGUCCAUUUUCCGGGCCCACAGAGUAAGGAUUAUACACAAGCGCAUCCUGCACCGAAAGAUUCUUAUCAGACAUGGCUCGAAAAGCCCACACAUUCCGCCUCGUUUUCGGCGAUGUCAGGUUGUAUUCUUCUAGCGGUCGAGUAAAAGGUAGACAGAUGCAACCUCUCUCUUGCACAGUAUCGUCGUGCGUGAGAAUAAGACGCCAGUCAUUAUCCUUUUGAGAAGGAGCACCGAGCCAGAGGAACGCUGAGAUGCUAUCGCCGUGGUCUUUGUGU